AUGUCUGGCUUUGGUUUGGAUAGUCUUGUGGUUGGGAGUGCAGACCCAAAACGGAAGGCCCUUCUGAAAGGGCCACAGUCCCGCAACUGGACCUCAUUUAUUGAAGCUAUCACCGCGGACGGCCGUGUCCUUACCCCUGGCAUUAUCUUUAAGGGCAAAGAACUUCAGAAACAGUGGUUCUUGACGGAAUUCGGCAAAAUAGCCGACUGGCAUUACAUAACGUCGCCCAACGGAUGGACGGACAACCAUAUCGCUAUUGAGUGGCUUGAGGAGAUGGACAUGGAAGUCAUGCAACGGAUGCAUGGAUGGCCACAUGCUUUUUGA